AUGGGCAUGGACGAUCCAGUUGAAAUGAUUCGCGUAUUGCAGCAAAAGAUGGAUGAGAUGCAGCAGCGGCAUGAGGACGAACUAGCCGCCGUGAAGGCCGACUGUGAAGCCCGAAUAGCCCGAGAGGUCGGGCGGAUAGCUGAAGGUGAGCAAAUGAAGGACAAAGGGAAGGCGAUAGCGGGGGACCACCCGCCCACUGAGACCGAGUGCGAUAGAACUUGGAGACCUACUGGGUCUGAAGCGGAAGAAAGUAAGGCCAAAUCGGUGCAUGCAGAGAGCGCCGCCGAGGAUGGGCGGAUGGUAGUGAAGUCGGAACCUUCAUCCACCUUGCUACUGCCGUUCACCCAAAAUAUAAUGAACGUCCAAAUCUCGGAGCAAUUUGUGGCUCCGCAAUUUAAAAUGUACAACGGGACAACUGACCCUGCGUCCCACAUCCAAACGUUCUCGAACGCAAUGGCGUUCCGGACGGGCAAUGACGCCAUUUGGUGCCGAGCAUUCUCAUUAUCAUUAGAGGAUGAAGCGCUGGAAUGGUUCAACACCCUCCCUCCUAACUCCAUUGAGAACUUCGCUGGUUUAAAACAGCUGUUCAUUAAACAGUUCGCGGCCAGUAGCGCCCAAGACCUGACUGUGUUCGAGUUAAUGACCCUCAAGCAGGGGAAAGAGGAGACACUGCGGACAUUCAUGGACAGGUACCAGAAGACCGUCCGGCGUGUAAAAAGCCUGACACCUGAGCUCGCCCUGCACUACGUCCUGCCGGCUCUUAAGCCAGGACCAUUCAAGGAUAGCGUCUGCAGGCGAGCACCCAAGACGAUGGAGGAAUUAAGGGAAAGAGCAGCCGACGAAAUAAGGGUGGAGGAGAUGAAACUCUCAUAUAGGAGGGAGAGCCAAGAGGCCAAGGUCGAUAGAGCAGACGGAGGGAAGAAUGGUGCCUCGGCAGGAAGACCGACUGGCCUUAGACACAAAGAGCAAAAGAGAGGACCUCGUUUCCAGCAAUACACUCCCUUGAACGCACCCAGGGAGAAGAUUCUAAGGGAAGCGCUUAGCGCGGACCUAAUCCGCCAACCGGAAGGAUGCCAGACUCCGAAGGGAGCGGAUGGAAGUAAGCACUGCGCUUAUCACAGAAACAUGGGCCACACCACGGAGGAAUGCACGGCCCUUAAGGAUAAAAUAGAGGAGCUUAUCCAGGCGGGAAAGCUCAAGCAAUACGUCCGCGAGGAGCGACCUCCGCAUACGGCCACCCGGUCUACUCAGCGACCGGCAUAUCGUUCGGACAGGCCGAGACCGACAAGGACCGAGCGACCUCGAUCAGAGAGGAGACGAAGCCAAAGCCGAAGCCGAAGCCGAAGUCGAGAACGCCUUCUACGGGGGCACAUCAACACGAUCUCAGGAGGGUUCGCAGGGGGAGGGUCAUCCUCCUCUGCUCGGAAGCGCCACAUACGAGCCCUCCAAUCGGUGAAUUCGGUGGACAAACCGCGGCGGACCAUGCCGCCUAUCACAUUCUCGGAUGAAGAUUUUCAUGCCCCAGAUCCUGACCAGGAUGAUCCGAUGGUCGUAACGGCCGAGAUAGCCAGGUACGGAGUCAGCAAAGUUCUGGUCGACCAGGGGAGCUCGGUCAACAUCUUGUAUUGGAAAACUUUUCAGCAAAUGGACAUCUCAGAGGACCUUGUCGUCCCCUACGAUGGCCAGAUCGUGGGAUUUGCAGGAGAAAGGGUCGAUACUAGGGGGUAUGUGGAAUUGAGGACAAGGCUGGGAACCGGCCGAUAUAGCGAGGAAAAGAGGAUUCGAUACUUGCUAGUCGAGGCUAACACCUCGUACAAUGUAUUGCUCGGACGACCAUGUUUAAAUGCGUUUGGAGCAAUCGUUUCCACGCCCCACCUCACAAUGAAGUAUCCGUCCGAAAAAGGGACUAUAUGUACUGUUCGGGCGGACCAAAAGACGGCCCGAGAGUGUUACGCAGCGGGUUUGAAGUUGCACACCCGGCAGUCAAAACGUAGAGCGAUCGGUUCGGAGGUUGCAAUGGCGAAUCUUGACCCCAGGACGAACACUGAGGACCGGCUGGAACCAAUGGGGGACACCCAGCCUGUUUUAAUAGGAAGGGACCCCGCCCAUACGACUGCCAUCGCCAAAGAAAUGGAUCCCGACCUAGAAAAGGAGUUGAGAGCACUCCUGUGGACCAAUAGGGAUCUAUUCGCGUGGACGGCGGCCGAUAUGCCGGGUAUCCAUCCUGCCGUCAUGACCCACAAGCUUUCGCUUUUUAGGGAUGCCCGCCCGGUCGCGCAGAAGAAGCGGAGGAUUGGCGACGAAAAACGACAGGCCGUGCAGGAGGAGGUGAGGAAGCUGAAGGAGGCUGGGUUUGUCCGAGAAGUUACAUAUACUACGUGGUUGGCUAACGUAGUGAUGGUGAAAAAAGCAAGUGGGAAGUGGCGCAUGUGUACAGAUUACACGGACUUAAACAAGGCUUGUCCAAAAGACUCCCACCCCUUGCCUAGCAUAGAUGCCCUGGUGGACGGGGCUUCUGGACACCGAGUGUUAAGUUUCUUAGAUGCUUAUUCCGGGUAUAACCAAAUACCCAUGUACGGGCCGGACGUUGAAAAGACGGCCUUCAUCACGGAGAAAGCAAACUUCUGCUAUGAAGUGAUGCCAUUCGGCCUGAAAAACGCUAGGGCCGACGUACUGUCCAAACUCAGUUCCGGGAAAGAAAAGGGACAACUAACUACCAUUGUAAGACAAGUGUUACUCCAGCCCUCGGUGGAAUGUUCGGCUGUAUCCGGUGGAGGGAGUGAUUGGCGGAUGGAAGUCAGAGAAAUCAUGACCCGCCAAGACGAAGGAAGGACGGUUACCCCUCAUGACGCCAAAAAAGUCGCCCGUUACCUUGUCAUAGGGGAUGACUUGUACCGAAGAGGAUUCUCCUCCCCCCUCCUCAAGUGCUUAGGAAGCGAAGAGGCCCGUUAUGUCAUGGACGAACUUCACAACGGCGUUUGUGGUCUCCAUACGGGUUGGAGAACGUUGAAAGCCCGGCUGCUGAGAGCCGGGUAUUAUUGGCCUACCAUGGAGGCAGACACCAGAGUGUUUGUCCAAAAGUGCAUCCGGUGUCAAGAACACUCCAACAAUUCCCACCUGCCGCCACACGCUUUACACUCAAUAUCUUCCCCAUGGCCGUUCGCCCAAUGGGGAAUGGAUAUUGUUGGACCGUUCCCUGUAGGGCGCGCACAGAAGAAGUUCCUUUUGGUGGCAGUUGAUUACUUCACCAAGUGGGUAGAGGCCGAGCCCUUGGCAACCAUUACGGCCGCCUAG